AUGACGUGGCUGCUGUCUUUGAUUCUCACCGUCGGGGCUGCGGAGCUUGUCGCUACUGGACAACAAGCAGAGCAACCAGAAGUGGGGACCAAGUACGGGAGAGUCCGAGGGUACCAAUUCCGAGUGGACGCAGCUGAGAGGAGUGUAAAUGUCUUUUUGGGACUCCCGUUCGCGAAGCCUCCGGUUGGACCGCUGAGGUUUUCCGAACCCCAGCCACCCGAGCCGUGGGACGGUGUCAGAGAUGCCACUUCCUACCCACCAAUGUGUCUACAGGAUAAAGCACAAGGACAGGGUUUUUCAGACGCUAUUACUAAUAGAAAAGAAAAAGUUCUUCUCGAAAUGUCUGAAGAUUGCUUAUACCUAAACGUGUACACACCCAGUUCUACAGAAAAACAGGAGAAGCUGCCUGUCUUUGUGUGGAUCCAUGGAGGUGGGUUAGUUUUUGGAGCAGGAUCAUCGUACGACGGUUCAGCGUUAGCAGCCUUUGACAACGUGGUGGUUGUAACAAUUCAGUACCGGCUAGGUAUUGCUGGAUAUUUUAGCACUGGUGACGAGCAUGCCCGAGGUAACUGGGGGUAUCUGGAUCAAGUGGCAGCUCUUCAGUGGGUUCAGGACAAUAUCAUACAUUUUGGAGGAGAUCCAGGAUCUGUCACUAUCGCUGGAGAAUCCGCAGGAGGAAUCAGCGUUUCUGCUCUUGUCUUAUCUCCCCUGGCGAAGGGCUUGUUCCAUAAGGCCAUUUCAGAGAGUGGUACUGCAUCCAGGAUUUUGUUCACUGACCAGCCUGAGGAGGAAGCACAAAGAAUUGCUGCUGCCGCUGGCUGUGAAAAAUCCAGUUCGGCUGCAAUAGUCGAAUGCUUAAGAGAAAAAACAGGAGAAGAGAUGGUACAGAUACUACAAAAAAUGGAUUUGACAACACUGCAGCUAUGUUAUACCUCACCUGAAAAAUGUGCACAGCCUUCCCCAUACCGCAGUGCAUAUGCAGAUGGUGUAUUUCUUCCAAAGAGUUUCAGGCAAUUACUAUCUGAAAAUAUGAUCAAUGCAGUCCCAUAUAUAAUAGGUGUAAAUAACUGUGAAUUUGGAUGGACUAUUCCUAUGAUAAUGAAAUUUCCUGCUUACGCAGAUGGUCUGGAUGAAGAUGUCGCACGUCAAGUUUUACGCAGCAUCUUAGCAUUCACAAUUAUGGGUAUUACUUCUGAAGUUACUGAUCGAGUAUACAAUGAAUACAUAGGGAAUGCAGAAAACCGUGCUCAGGUGCGAGAUGGCCUUCUGGAUGCAUUAGGAGACUCUUUCUUUGUUUUUUCAGCCAUUGAAGUGGCCAGAUACCACCGAGAUGCUGGCAACCCAGUCUACUUUUAUGAAUUUCAGCAUCGACCGAGUUCCACGGCGGGUAUUGUACCAGAGUUUGUAAAAGCGGAUCAUUCAGAUGAGAUUGCCUUUGUCUUUGGGAAACCAUUCUUAGCUGGUCAUGCUACAAAAGAAGAAGAAAAACUUAGCAGAACUGUCAUGAGAUACUGGACUAACUUUGCUAGAAAUGGCAAUCCCAACGGAGAAGGCUUGGUCCACUGGCCUCAGUAUGAGCUGGAUGAAGCAUACCUGGAAAUAGGACUGGUGCAAAAGGCAGCAAAGAGAUUGAAAGAACACAGAAUGGAGUUCUGGGCAAAGCUCACAGAACAAAUGGUGGAUGAAAGGAGAGAACACACCGAUUUGUAG